GUUGCACGAUUUGGCGCAUAAAAUUCCAAGGGUCUUCAAAAAGACGCUUAUUGUUCAUUGUGGUUAAGUUUGAAGGUUUAACUUUUACAAUUACCGUCUGUCUUUUGAUUGGCUGCAAGCCACCCAAAGCGACUAUACGUUUAUCCUCAAGUGGCGAACAGCAUUUGCAUAGUAGCACACGGCAUCUACACGUGAAGAAGAUUUCGCGCGCGUUCCCUGUUUAUACCGAAUGCAAGAUGGAGAAUGGCGGUGCAAGUGGCAAUGAAAAACCGAGCAAUCAUUGGGGCAGUGACGAAUGUCUGUCCCGAGGAGCGAAGGACAAGACAGCCGAGAAUCUACUCACAAAUGAAGAAGGUCCGCCGGACGAGAGGAAGGGAAGUUUGGUUGGUUUGCAACGAAAACUCGGUCUCGUCAGUGGGAUCAGUCUCAUUGUGGGCACUAUGAUCGGUUCGGGAAUAUUUGCUUCGCCUCGCUAUGUCAUGGAGAACAGCGGCUCUGUGGGACUGACAUUGAUCGUUUGGAGCUUGUGCGGUGUUCUGGCGAUGUUCGGAGCGCUGUGUUACUCCGAACUUGGUACAAUGAUCCCAUUAUCCGGAGCGGAGUAUGUUUACCUGCUCGAAGGGUUCGGCCCGCUGGCCGCCUUUCUGUACUCGUGGACCUCUGUCAUCGUCCUAAAGCCUUCGCAAGUUGCUAUCAUCUGCUUGGCGUUUGGGGCUUACGUGAUCGAGCCUUUCUUCCCUGGUUGUGGUGACAGAGAAGAUUUACAGCCCGUGGUGAAGUUGUUAGCCGCGCUUGCAAUUGGAAUCAUUUUGUUCGUGAACUGCGCCAGCGUGAAGUGGGCCUCACGCAUGCAAAUCGUCUUCACCGUUUGUAAGAUGCUGGCUAUCGUCAUGCUGAUCGUAACUGGCCUGGUUCGUCUUGGUCAAGGUUUCACGCAGAGUUUUGAAAACUCGUUUGAAAAUACAGAAUCGAAGAUUGGUAUAGUGGGAUUCGCGUUUUACAACGGUCUAUGGGCUUAUGACGGCUGGAACAACUUAAAUUACGUCACAGAAGAAUUGAAGAAGCCUUAUCGAGACUUGCCCCUGUCCAUAUUGAUUGGUAUUCCCCUUGUGACUUGUUGUUACGUGCUGGUAAAUAUUGCUUAUCUGGCCGUGCUGACACCAGCUGAAAUUAAGCUCUCUAGUGCUGUCGCUGUGACAUUGGCAGACCGUUUAUACGGAGUAAUGGCUUGGGUCAUUCCUAUAUUUGUUGCCUCGUCCACCUUUGGAGCCGCAAAUGGAUCCGCAUUUAGCGGUGGAAGAUUGGUGUUUGCCGCCGCCCGAGAGGGACAUCUUCCUAAGUUUCUGGCCAUGAUUCACACUAAGCGACACACUCCCCUACCAGCCAUGGUGUUCACGAGUAUCAUUGCCUGGAUCAUGUUGCUACCCAACUCAAGUAGCUUUGAAACGCUCAUAAACUACUUCAGUUUCGCUGCCUGGGUUUUCUAUGGUUGUACUGUGUCUGCUCUUCUUUGGCUCCGUUACAGGAAACCCGAGAUGAAACGACCUUAUAAGGUUCCAGUGUUAAUCCCCAUUCUUGUCGUGUUGGCUUCCAUUUACUUGAUAGUAGCGCCGUUCUACGAAGCUCCCUUAGAAUCGUUCUUCUGUCUUCUCUUUAUCUUGUCUGGGGUACCAUUCUACUUCGUCUUCGUGCAUUUCAACAUCGUCCCUCAAAGUUUCUUCGAUGCCAUUGCCAAGUUAACGUUCAAGUUGCAGACGAUUUGUGACGUGGCUUUUCCAGAGACAGAGGAUGAAAUGGUGGCCACAUAAAUUGAAACAUGAUUGUGUUAAUUUUGAAACAAGGAUAUGGUAUGCUUUGUGUUCUUAAGGUCUAAACCCAUACUCUAUGUUACGAAAUAUGACUUUCUGUUAGCCUUUCUACAAGUUCUCUCUUUGUGUCGUUGGUCACUGAAUAUAAACAAGAGGUUAUGAAGCAGAGCAGGGGAAUCCUUAUACCUGACAAACUAAUCAAUUUCUGCCGAUUUGUUAUCGUUGUAAGAAUUCUAUGCGAGUUUUCCUCGCGCGUUGACAUGCGUCGCUUUCUGACUGACCUCGCCCGUGACGGGUGCACAGUAGUACAAUAUAUAGUGUUUUGGAAACAUGUUGGUUAACCCCAAGAUUUCAAAGUCGGCGAGGUCGAUCUGACAAUUAAACAAAAUAAACUAACCAAACAAAAGCAGUUCAGGUAUUCCCUCUCUCUCCCUUCCAACCUCUUGUCGCAUUAGAACCUCCAAGAUACAGCCAUAAUGUCCUGUCGAUUUCCUUCCACCUCCCAUUCCGGAAGGACCGGAAGCAGUGCUAAGCUAAUGAAUUUUUUUAACUUUCUUAACACAGUUAAGCCUCUUAAGUACUAAGGCCAACCACUUAUUUUGCAAAAA